GCAAAGGCAGAAACAAAAGCGCAUCAGAGAUUAAAAAAAAAAUGGAGUCCGUGUAUAAGACCCUCAGGAACCGCGAGGUACCAUUUAGUCCCGGAAGAACUGCAAGAUACAGGCCCCGAGCGACGAACGGAAGGUCUUCACGACGAGUUCAGCCAGCCGGAACCAAUAGCGAACAAGCCAACUUUGGUGUAAAUGACGUCCCGAUUGCGAUUGGAAAUGAUGCGGCAAACCUUCAGCUGCAACCACCGAUUGUUGCUCCCGAAAUCCAGGGACUUGAUUAUCAAGAUUAUGGGGAAGAAUUCGGAGGCGUGACAUAUUGGGUAACGAUGAUUACGCAAUUUAUAUCAUAUUUGUGCGUGAUAAAAAGGGCUCUGUGGCAAUACUGGACUUAAUGCUUGAUGGUGAAAAUGACGAUAACGAUUAUAUGAUGACGAAAUGGCGACGCACUCAGGACCCGAAGAUGUUAAUAAAAUAAUUGAAGCCUGGACCAAUGUUCAUAAUACAUUUGCCGAAUCUGGAAUAUUUAUGAUAAAAGAGCCGAGAAAAGCACUGGACCUAACGAUUGAUGGAUUAUGAAUAUAAUGACGACAUGGUGCCAAAUUCUGGACCCAAAGAUGACAUAAGUCUAUUGUAGCCUGGAGAGAUGUUCAUAUUCUACUUGACGCACUCAGGAGACGAAACUGUUAAUAAACUAAAACGCCUGGACAAAUCUUCAUAUUUAUUAUAUUUUAU